GUACUACAACUUGUUGUUGAAGGCAUUCGCCGAGCCAAAGGUCUAUCAGAUAGGUUGCAAUGCCCAGCGAUCUCGACAGACAAAUAGACCAGCUUACACGAUGUGAACCCAUAUCCGAGGAACAGGUCAAACGGCUCUGCUUCAAGGCCCGUGAGAUCCUAAUAGAAGAAGCAAAUGUUCAAGUCGUGGACUCUCCUGUGACGAUCUGCGGCGAUAUCCAUGGGCAGUUCUUUGAUCUUAUGGAAUUGUUCAAGGUAGGCGGGUUUUGCCCGGAGACGAACUACCUUUUCAUGGGUGAUUUCGUAGAUCGUGGCUUCUACAGUGUCGAAACGUUUCUGCUCCUCCUGGCACUCAAAGUCCGCUAUCCAGAGCGAAUUACGUUAAUCCGGGGCAACCACGAGUCACGGCAGAUCACACAGGUGUAUGGGUUCUAUGACGAAUGUCAGAGAAAAUAUGGUAGCACCAACGUGUGGAGAUGGUGUUGUGAGGUGUUCGACUAUCUUGCGUUAGGCGCGAUCGUAGACGGUAGAGUUUUUUGUGUCCAUGGCGGACUCAGCCCGAACCUGCAGGCUAUUGAUCAGAUACGCGCUAUUGAUCGAAAACAAGAAGUCCCCCAUGAUGGUCCAAUGUGUGAUCUCCUUUGGUCCGAUCCAGACGAUAUAACUGGAUGGGGCCUAUCUCCGCGGGGCGCUGGCUUUCUUUUCGGCGCUGACAUUACCAAAACCUUUGCGCACCAUAAUUCUAUUGAUCUCAUCGCGCGGGCUCAUCAAUUGGCUAUGGAAGGAUAUAAGCUCAUGUUCGACAAUAUGAUAGUGACGGUGUGGAGCGCACCGAAUUACUGUUAUCGGUGUGGUAAUGUAGCUUCGAUUCUUGAGCUAGAUGAACGCCUUGCUCAAGAAUACAAAGUUUUUCAACAUGCGCCCUCGGUAAGUUCCUUGUGGUUUGAUCUUCCCCAAAAGGCGAUAUGCGGGGAUGAAAUCUUGCAUUUCAUCCAGCGCUGUGAUCUGAUCAUGUCGUGCCACUAGGAUGUACGCUCUAUCCCGGCAAAACGUCCUCCUGCGGACUAUUUCCUCUGAAUGGGAAUUUUUACCUUUCUGAUUAGAAGGUUGCUCUCUUGGCAACAAAUGCCUGCCUGUCUGCCGCGUGUCUUGGCCAUGCCAUAAACGCGACUUUCUCAUCAAACGGUGCAUUUAAACUGCUGUCCGUUGCUUCUAGGGACCGUGCGGGCGUAGCUUGGUUGGCUGAAGGCGCAAGAUGAAGGUCAAUAGGGUGCCUGGCUUUAUCGCCAUCCCCUGUGGAUCCUCGUCGAUCCCCGUUGACCAGUUUAGAGACGCCUAAAAGCAUGACGUACAAUGCCCACUAGACUUCAGAUAGAGGAAAUAACGAUAUAAUUGCUUU